UGUGGCUAGGGUCUGAGAUAGAGAAUAAAAAAAAACUUUGAAAAUCCAUUCACAACAACGGUGUUAGUAGCAAAAAUACUUCAAAAAUGUCAUUGUACAAAAAAGUUGCAAUUGACUCAUAUAUAUACAAGAUCAAAGAGAAAACAGGUUGACUGUUGCUCUCUUUUCGAUACGAAAACAUCUCAAAUAUUUACAUUUAUACAAAAAUCAGUUUCAGAAAAGAGCACUUGUUUAUGCAUUUGCCAUGACUCCAUCACGGCGGAUAACAACGAAAAUUCCAUUUUAGAAACGACGAAAAACUUUACUUCAACGUUUUUAUCUUCAAUUUGCUUCGACAAGGUCAGAUAAAAUAGCCGGUGAAACUAUAAACAGUCCACAGGUUCCAGCAACAAUUCGACAGAUUUACGGGGCUAACAAAGUCAGCAAAGAGAAUUUAUGAUCAUAUAGCGACAAAGGAAAAAGUAAGCAAAAGCUGUCUUUGAUUCUUCAGAUUUACCCCAUUCUAUCUUAUAGACCACUUUAGUUCCAGGGCUAUUGUGCCUGCUUUUUGAAAAAUCCUGUUAGCCUUCCAUUUUGAUGGCGUUUCCAUUCUUUUAAAUUUGUUUAAAUUAGAAGAUUGCUUCUUUCUGCAUUCUUUUCCGAAGAAUACAUUACUAACAAAAUAAAUAAUAUUAGAUUUCUAUUAAUUUGCUUUUCUUUUUCUAUAUUUGUAGAUCUGCUAUGGUAAAACUCACUCAACAUAUGCCAUUAACGGACCCGACUAAGUAUUUUCAUCAUCAACAGCAAAUCACAUCAACGUUGCAACAACAAUCACAAUGGCAACUCACACAAGGAGAUAGUCAAUCUCAUCAAGCAAAGGAUCAAAAUGAUGGUGAAAAUUGGCUAGGUGAACAUGAACCAAUCGAAAUAGGUGAAGCUGAUAGAAUUCUCCGUGAAACACCAUCACUAUUUAAUCCAGUCGAACAACUUAAUUCCUUAACAAUGGUGGCACCAGCAGCACUUCCAGCUCCUACUAGAUAA